AAUUACGCUAAUAAUUUUAAAGCAAUCAAAAGAAGAAGGGCUAAAUAAUGGGUAUAAAGAUAAGUCUUACGAAGUUCCUACUUGUGACCGCGCUAAGUACAGUUGCGGGUGACAUAUACGACGCGCCACAGGAAGGUAUAGCGCUGUCGGCUCCCACCGUCAAGAUGUCCAACAUGACGCUCUGCCACUGCAAGGUUCGGUGCGCAGUGCUUAUCAACUGCACUGCACUGUCGUUUGACUCCAACACUGAUGAGUGCGCGAUGACUGACACUGCACCGACUGCCACGAGGACCAAGGAGGCGUCACACAGUCAAACUUGGUUUAAAGCUGACGCAUCGAGCAGCACCGCGAGUGCAGCAGCAACGGUACCCACGGUACAAACUGUACCCACGGUACAAACUGUGCCCACGGUACAAACUGUGCCCACGGUACAAACUGUGCCCACGGUGGCAACGACCGCAGGGACUCUCCUCGGGCUCGGGUUGGGAUAAGCAUACGAGAAAAAGCU